AGGAGUACGACCCCCUCAAAGCCGGGAGCAUCGAUGGCACCGACGAGGAGCCCCACGACCGAGCCAUAUGGAGGGCCAUGCUGGCGCGGUACGUCCCCAACAAGGGGGUGACAGGGGACCCUCACCUCACCCUCUUCGUAGCCAGGCUCAAUCUGCAGACCACGGAAGAGAAGCUGAAGGAGGUUUUUUCCCGGUACGGAGAUAUCAGAAAGAUCCGGCUGGUGAGAGACUUGGUUACGGGCUUUUCCAAGGGUUACGCGUUUAUUGAGUACAAGGAGGAGCGAGCGCUGCUGAAGGCCCACAGGGAUGCCAACAGGCUGGUUAUUGACCAGCAUGAGAUCUUCGUGGACUUCGAGUUGGAAAGAACUCUCAAAGGGUGGAUCCCUCGGAGGCUUGGAGGGGGUUUUGGAGGCAAGAAAGAAUCUGGGCAGCUACGAUUUGGAGGACGGGACAGACCUUUCCGGAAGCCCAUCAAUUUGCCAGCCAUGAAAAGUGAUCUGUAUGGAGAGGGAUCAGCCGAGAAAAGAAACUGGUCUCGCGAAGGAGCAAGGGACUGGAGAACAAGAGAUCGAGAGCAUGAGAGGAGCAGAGACAAGAGAUGGCCGGAACGGGAGCGUUCGUGGGCGUGGGGGGAGAGUGAGAGGGACUCCAAAGAGGACAGGAGCAGAGGGAGAGACAGGAGGGACAGGGACAGGAAAGACAGGGAUAGAGAACGGAGCAGGGAAAAAGAAGAGAGAGAUGAGGAUAAGCAUCGAUAGGUGAAGGUCCCUUGUCUGUAAUUACGGGGUGUUUGGGUUUG